GCAGAUGGAUAACUGGGCAUCAAAUACCCAUGUUCAGAAGCCAUGAAUUCUAGAAAAUUGCUUUCAGAAACACGGAGAACAUUUCCUGCUAUUAAAGUACACUACCAGCAGCCAUCACGGAUUCUCAUUGUGGAUGUCACAUCACCUUCCUGGACCAACACUUGUUCUAUACUCUCUGAAGCUCUGGAAAACACACUCAGUUUGGCAUGCAGUUUGACAGGCCCCUGCCGUGUUCCCCUGCUGAGCAUCUACGUGGUGCAGAACCAGCAAGAGUGUCUGCUUCCCUUUACGCAAGUGAGAGAAAACUUUGCACGAAUUCAAGCCUGCAUUUUGGAGCUCCGCUCGCUACCAAGAGAAGGCUGUUUCCCACAGCGGGGAAAUGGAGUGGUACAGGCUGUGCAGGAUGGAUUGCUCCAGUUCAAACAAUACAGCAGACACACAGCAGCAGGAGGCUCAACAAAUAGUUCUGCUGAGAUCACAAUUUUGACUAGCCAGUCCAGCAAAGAAAUGGUAAAGCAGCUGGAAAAGAAAUUAAAAGAUGUAGACCUUGUGAGUCUGCGAAGAAUACAAGUCAUUGAGGUUUUGAAGAGGGACUUUCUGGAGCCUGAGGAUGUGGAACAGUGCAUGCCAGCAGAAGAGCACAGCAGCAAUGAUACUGCAAUCCUGGGAAUGGACAUCGAGGUGCAAACCAUAGAGGACAAUGUCAUCAGCUUGGAGAUGCUGUUUAAAACAUGGCUACAUGACUAUGGCACAGAGAGAGAACACCUCCAUCUCCUCCUUCCAUCAGGAGGCUUCAACCAUGCCACUGCACCUAAGACCACCCUAAUGUGCCUGAAGUGCGAUCUGCAGGAGAGAUUGCUCGACCCAGCUCUACUUUCUGGGACAGUUGAUGGCACCAUGAGAGCAGCAGAUUUUAAUUCACCCUGCCAGAUGGCAGCCUGGCCAGCUACAGUGCUGCAUAAACUCCAGGUUGUAAAGGCUCUGAAAUCUGAGGGGGUCUGUGAGUCUGUACUGUAUGGACUGCCCUUCAUUAUCAGGCCCACAAGCUGCUGGCAGCUAGACUGGGAUGAACUGGAGAUAAACCAGCACAGCUUCCAUGCUCUAUGUCAUAGUCUUCUGAAAAGGAAAUGGAUGCUUUUGGCCAGACGUGAGCCACAGAACACAACUCCAAACUGGAACAUCACGGUGCAUUCCUACUACGUCAUUGUCCCUUCUGACUCUGCCACUCUACUUGUCAAAGCAGUCGCCAUCAGAGAGCUCUUGCUGCCAUCAACCUUCCCAGCCCUCCUUGCUGAACAUCCUGAGAGAGUGCAUGGCCCUAUAGAGAGUGCCCUGAACAGCCUGGAAGUGGAAGUUGCUUAUAACCCCUUGCACCUAAAAAGCAACCUCUACAAAUACCUGAAGAAUCUGUUGUACAAACCUCUGCACAGGCAGCAGGCCCAGCCCAGAGACCAGCGACCAGAGCGGCAUCAACCCAAGCAGCAUCAGAGCAGAGCCAAAGCCAUGGUGGCACCCCUUCUGAUGGCUCCUUCUCCUGUCCAAGUGUUCAGACCAGCAGCGAUGAGGAGAGAUUCCUGUGAGCGCUCCCUGCUCCCCAAAGAGUACGACGAGUUCCUGCAGUGA